AUGCAGACUCUAUGGUCGAGAGCCGGCCAGGCUCACCGCUGCGGAUGCCGGGUCUGCGAAACCGCCGUCAGCGCCCUCGGCCGACGGGUGACGACUGCCUCUCGACCACGCAAAGUCACCUUUGCCGAUAUCUUUACAGCAUGCUACAGCUCCAUGUUUGCGACCGCAGCUGUCGUCGAUGCCGUGAAGAAGGAGGACCGCAGGCAAGACUUGGAUCGCCAAUUGGAGGAGACGCGGCGGGAAUUGGCCGAGCUUCAGAUGCUCCGAACCCUCGAGACGAAGCGAAUUACAACCAACCUUACCCAAAAGGAUGAACUGAGCCUCAGCCAGAUGGAUGUUCUAUGGCAAUCUCUCAAGGAUAUCUACACGAACCGACCGUAUAUGAAAGAGAUCGACAAGCCUGUUACCAUACGCGUUUCCGAGUUUUUGAACCGCCUGCAAGCCGACUAUUAUCAAUGCCCGGAUGAAGCAGCAAUGCUUGCUCUGAGGCAGACAGACUACGAACGCCUUGAGCAAGCUAUAAAGGACGAGGAGAUUGAUCAAUUUCUUCCUCACCGAACUCCGUUAAACCAGAAACAUCUUCACAACGACUCUCGGACAAUUGUUCAUCUUGUCACACAACUCCUGGACCGCGCUGCUGCUCACGACAAAUCAACAUCCUCCAGCCCCAGCUACUAUGAGGCUCGCCAUUUGGCGUACGAGGGCGUCUCUUAUACUUUCGACUCGAUCGACCCUGCCAGAGCUAGGAGAAACCGAAUCACCUUGAACCGACGACUCAGAGAAGUGGUUGAUUCCCCCGAUCUCAGGCUAAAGGAAAAAGUUGGCAGGGUGUGCUACAAUUUGCUUGUGUCGGCGUACCCAGCUGAUAUGCACACGCUCAACACCUUAAUUGUUGCCUUUGACAAGCAAGGGCACAAGUAUAUUUCCGAGGCCCUGGUCAACUCAUUCUUCUACUACCGACGCGUCCAGCCAACGCCAUCUACUUUCGUGGCAAUCUUGAACCACUACAAGAACUCCCAGAACCAUGGAAGGUUCCUUCGCGCUCUUGCGUGCCUUACUGGCCUUGAUACAGAAACGGGAGCCAAACUGGGUCGCAGACAUGUCACUGACACUGCCCCACCCAAGGCAAAAAGAAUGAGUAACAAGACAUCUACCCAAACAGGUGAUUGGAUCUGGGGGCACGCACCUCUUACCAAGCCUAUCAUCGAGGCAGUGAUUGAUGGUCUUCUUCAUUUCAAGUUAUUCGACCAGGCUGCACUCUUCUUCGUGUCAUGCAUGAAGGCCAACGUUGUGCUUGGCACGAACACGAUCAAGCAAUUGUUUGACGAGUGCAUCCUCGCUCUUGACUGGAAGGCUGCUGUGCGUCUGAUUCAAGGCUUCACGAAUUGCCCAAACACAUGGCAAUCCAUGCUGAUGAAUCGUAACGAGAGCACUACCUAUCUCAUCAGCCGGCUGCAUGUCCUCCUUGACCUUGUUGGUCUGAGAACUUCUGGUGGUCAAGUGUCCGAGUCAACUCUGGAUAACCUGUCCAUCUCAACUCAGGGAUUCCGCCAGUUUCUGGAGGCUCUAGCGACGGUCGACUCUACUUCACAACUUCAGCUACAGAGCUCAACAACUCAGCUCGUCCACUCUUCAGAGAGCAGGUUGCUACAAAUAGAGGCUCUCUGGAAGGAGGUGGCUUUUGUGGAAAGGACAACGCGCUCUAUUGAGAGUAAACUCCUCUAUCCAGAUUUCAGCCCCCAGUUCCGCGAGUCAAUGGCUCUGCACAUUGGAAACACGGCAACCAAGCAGACAUUGAAGCUCAAUCAGGAGCUGAUUGGUUUUCUGUCACAACUCUCGAUCUCGAGGCGUGUGCUGGAGGCGGUGAUGGAGUGCGAGGGUUUUCCGAGCAACAACAGGGCUGAUGGGGCAGCCAAGAAGCAGAAGAAGUCAAGGAAGAAUCAGGCUAAAAACCAGGCCAAGGCAUGGCUUCGCGAUCAGAAGACAGCCGUCGUUCUUCCAGAACCGAUAGCAAUGUCGGCUGGGCGGAUAAGCAGAACGCCUGGACAGUUUGGGCCAGCACAUUUGAGGGCGAGGCCAAGGAGGCUGAUCACAUGGCCAGUACCGGAUCAGCGACCGGCAUAUCUGGAGCAGGGGCAGUGGGCGGGAUUGGUUUGA